AGUAAGGAGAAUUUAGUUUGCUCUUCAUUUUCUCUCUUCUCGAAGCCCAAUUACUUGAAUUGCUGUUAUAUAGCUACGUUAGCACAAAAUCUUUUGGUUCUGGAACUUUUGACUCAGGUAUCAUUCAAGACUCAAGAAACAUUGAUGAUUUUUUUUUUUGUUUGUUUGUUCCUAUAAAUCACGUAUGAUUGAAAAUACUGAAAUACAGAUCACCACCAUAUGCUGCAAACUUUUCUACUGGGACAAUUGCAAGCAAUGUGCAAGAGAUUCAAAAUGGGCAACCCAAAAAAUAAGAACAUAAUACUCAAUUAAGGUAAUUACUUUAAUUUGUGUAUUUUUUGUAUGCACACCAACUGCUUGUUGAUUUGCCUCACUGAGAUUUUGUACAACACCAAUAAAAAUGAAGAAGUCCAAUUAUUUGAAAAGUCAUCAACUUAAAAAAAAAACCAUAGAGAAAGUUUGAAAACAAUACUAGUGUGACACGAAGACUGAACUUUGCUUCUUAAGAAAAGUCUUAACUCAGAGCUGAUAGUUGCUUCAAUUAGAUAAGACUUUUAAUGAGGAAAGACCAAAAAUUUGGGUGUUAAAUUAAAUUAAGGCAUAAGAUAAGCUCCAAAUAUUCUACCCUCUGAAAGUUGAUUGCUUUCUACUUGAUAUCAUGGCUUAUGUGAGUUAUGUCCUCACCCUUGUGCUCUUGUUCUCUUGGUUUUGGGUCUUUGAGCAAUUUGGUUCCGUUGGAGGAGAUAUUACAGCUACUCAGUUUCUUAGAGAUUCAGAAACACUGAAGUCUAGUAGAGGUUAUUUCAAGCUAGGAUUUUUCAGCCCUGUUAACUCAACGAAUCGCUAUGUUGGAAUUUGGUAUAAUAAGGAGGUUGUUGAUCAAUUAGAAGUGGUAUGGGUAGCCAACAGGGAAAACCCACUGAGUGAUUCUUCUGGGGUGCUUAAGAUAUCUGGGGAUGGAAAUCUUCAGCUUUUGGAUGGACAUAACAAGAGUAUUUGGUCAUCAGAGAUAAAAGAUAAUGCAGUAAAUGCUUCUGCUGCUCAGCUUUUGGAUACUGGAAACCUUGUUUUACUCUCAAAUGCCACUGGGGAUAUCAUCUGGCAGAGUUUUGACCAUCCUGUAAACUCGAUGUUGCCACUUAUGAAGCUAACCGUUGAUGAGAAAACAAAGACAAGAUCACUGCUUUCGUCUUGGAAGAGUGCUUCAGAUCCAUCAACUGGACGUUUCACUUCUGGUAUAUAUCACCGCAAGCUUACUGAAAUUUUCAUCUGGGAUGGUGACCGCCCUUAUUGGCGAUCAGGUCCUUGGGAUGGUCAUGUGUUUAUUGGAGUACGGUCUAUGUAUUACUUGGCACCAGUUAAAGGAUUUCAUUUUGAAGAUGACAAUGAAGGUGCAAUUAGUUUAUCAUUUUCUUCUGCGAAUGAUAGAGUUACGCAACACUAUGUAUUAACUCAUGAUGGUGUGGUGCUACAAAAAGAUUGGAAAGAUAAUAAAAGUGAUUGGAAAAUUUUAUGGCAGACGUUAGAAUCUGAGACUGAGUGUGAUAUAUAUGGAAAGUGUGGAGAAUUUGGGAGCUGUAAUUCACGUCGUUCACCAAUUUGUAGCUGCUUGAAGGGCUUUGAACCAAGAAAUCACGAAGAAUGGAGUGCAGGGAAUUGGAGUAGUGGGUGUGUUCGAAGAACACAAUUGCAGUGUGGUACCAUAGAAGGGGAAGAAGAUGGGUUUUUGAGGUUAAGGAAUAUGAAAGUGCCAGACAAUGCUGAGUGGUUGCUUUCAGAUGAUGAACAAAAUUGCAGGAGACUGUGCCUAAAGAAUUGUUUGUGCUCAUCUUAUGCUUAUUAUUUGGGUUUUGGGUGUAUGAUCUGGAAUGGAAGCUUGAUUGACAUACAGGAUUUUUCCCCUGUUGGUGUUGAUCUUUUCAUUCGAUUGGCUCAUUCAGAACUAGGUGACAACAGCAAACAGAAAGUAAUUAUUGCAGUCAUAGUGAUUAUGGGUACUUCUACACUAGCCAUAUUCCUAUACUGUUUAUGGAGGUGGAUGGAUCAACGAUAUGGGAAGACAUCAACAAACAAUGAAGCAAAAUGGAAAUAUUACAGAGUCGGGGCUGGAAUAAGUCAUAAUGGUUACCAUGGUUUACCUUUGUUUAAAUUAAAAGAGUUGAUGGCUGCAACUAGCAGCUUUUCUGAAAACAACAAGCUAGGUCGAGGUGGAUUUGGUCUGGUGUACAAGGGAAUUCUGGAAGAUGGACAAGAGAUAGCUGUAAAAAGACUCUCUACAGCAUCUAUGCAAGGCCCACAAGAAUUUAUGAAUGAAGUAGUUGUAAUCUCGAAACUUCAACACAGAAAUCUUGUCAGAUUGUUGGGCUGUUGUGUAGAAGGAGAAGAGAAACUAUUGGUGUAUGAAUACAUGCCAAAUAAGAGUUUGGAUGCUUUCCUCUUUGAUCACUCAAACCGGGAACAUUUGGACUGGUUGAAGCGCUUCAACAUAAUCAAAGGGAUAUGUAGAGGUCUCCUUUACCUUCAUAGAGAUUCUAGAUUAAGGAUUAUUCAUAGAGAUCUUAAAGCAAGCAACAUUUUAUUGGAUGACAAUCUUAAUCCCAAGAUAUCUGACUUUGGGAUGGCAAGGAUUUUUGAAAACAAUCAAGACCAAGGUGACACCCAAAGGAUUGUUGGCACCUAUGGUUAUAUGUCUCCAGAGUAUGCAAUGGAAGGCCGAUACUCAGAGAAGUCAGAUGUGUUCAGCUUUGGGGUGCUGCUACUAGAGAUUGUUAGUGGAAGAAGGAACAAUAGCUUUACUGAUGAGGAUACAUGGAACCUAUUAAGUCACGCAUGGAAAUUAUGGAAUAAGGAUGAUAUAUUGUCAUUGAUUGAUCCAACAAUUUCAGAGCCCACCUUUCGGUUGGAGAUCUUGAGGUGCAUACAAGUAGGACUAUUGUCUGUGCAAGAAUUUCCUGAAGAUAGACCAAGCAUUACCAUGGCUGUUUCCAUGAUAGAGAGUGAAGUAAUAGAGCUUCCUCGUCCAACACAACCUGGCUUUACAUUAAGAAGAGUUGGUUCUUUGAACGAAGCCCAACGCAAUGGCCGUGAAUGUUUUUCAGUUAAUGGUGUUUCAAUUAGUUCCAUAGGUGGUCGGUGACUAGCAGUUUUGAGCAGAGAGCGCUAUAGUUGCCAUCAUCAAUCUCAUCAUAUAUUGUACAUGGAGGUGGACAUGUCAAGGAAAUGGUGUAACAAGAGUUACAAGAAAGGAGACCAUUGCAAAACUCCAUGACUAAAUACGGAACUAGUAAAGUUGAAGUUGGUAAUUUACUAGUGUUUGGAUCUGGAUUAGUUGGCAAUUGUGACAGACCACUUUCAUGAUAUUAACAAGCUUGGCCAAUGUGGUCUUGGCGCAGUGGGGAAGGAAAAACAGAAGAUGAACAAAAGAUAGUGAUUAGAAAACUUUCGGAAACAUCUGGUCAAGGACUCAAGAAUUCAUGACUGAAGUGUUGAAUUGUUGGUUAUCUUAAACUUCAUCAUGAAAUCUUGUCGAGCUGCUGCAGACCACGGUGCUGUAUAGAAGGAGAAGAGAAAGGCCGGUGUUAUAUAUUGUGCAUACAUUCUUAAGCUCAUUAUCCUACUUGGCAUGGAUAUUGUGGAUUGAUGGCACUGUUCUGUCACUGAUUGAUCCAGCAAUUUCAGAAUCAACCUUCCAUGCAGAAAAUUUGAAGUGUGUACAGCUAGGACUGCUAUGCGUGCAAGAGUUUUCUGAUGAUAGACCGAGUAUUUCUAUGGUUCUUUCGAUGAUUGAGAGUGAGGUUACCUAUCUACCUUGUCCAUUUCAACCUUCUUUACUCAAAGAAGAGUUUAUAAAGCUCAACUAAAUGAUCAUGAAAAUGAUUCUCUUAAUCCUGUAUCUAUUACUUCCUUAAGUGGUCGAUAACUGCCAUUUUGGGCACUGAGUUGUGUAUGUUGUGAUUAGUAUCUAGUGGCCAUUUCUGCCUAGAAUAAUUUUUGACAGAAACUAAUUCUUGUCAGAGAUCAUACCAAGUAUGAAUUUGCAGAUAUCAGACAUUGCCAACUUUCAA